UUGAAAAAACGCGCAGGGUGGAGAGGGAUGUGUACAGGCGAUUCGGUACAAAUAGAUCGGUACAAACAGGAGGAGAAGGAGAAGGAGAAGGAAGGUCGGAAGGGGUCGCGCGUUAACUGUGUCCAACAAACAAACACCGUCCCACCGCCGUCCGCCCGUCCCCCGCACGCCACUUCUUCGCCUCUCUCCGUCUCGGCGACGACCGCCACUUCUUCGUCGGGCGAUCAGCAGCAUUCGAUUCCGACAGGGGUACGUGGACGCCCGCCCCUUCCCUUCCCUUCCCUUCCCUUCCUGCUGCGCGAAAUCGAGCACCCAAACCCUAACUGCAGGAUGAGUGAUGAGGACAAGACUGCUGCUGCUGCUGCUGAGCAGCCGAAGCGAGCCCCUAAGCUCAAUGAAAGGAUCCUCUCUUCUUUGUCCAGGAGAUCCGUAGCUGCUCAUCCAUGGCAUGAUCUUGAGAUCGGUCCUGGGGCUCCCGCUGUCUUCAAUGUUGUCGUUGAGAUCACAAAGGGAAGCAAAGUUAAAUAUGAGCUUGACAAGAAAACUGGAUUGAUUAAGGUUGAUCGAGUCCUGUACUCAUCAGUUGUAUACCCUCACAAUUACGGAUUCAUUCCUAGGACUCUUUGUGAGGACAACGACCCAAUGGAUGUUUUGGUCCUGAUGCAGGAGCCUGUUAUUCCGGGUUCAUUCCUCCGGGCAAGAGCAAUUGGCCUUAUGCCUAUGAUUGACCAGGGUGAAAAGGAUGACAAGAUAAUUGCUGUCUGUGCUGAUGAUCCGGAAUACCGUCACUACAAUGACAUCAGUGAGCUGUCUCCUCACCGCCUGCAAGAGAUCAAGCGCUUCUUUGAAGAUUACAAGAAAAAUGAGAACAAAGAGGUUGCUGUUGAUGCAUUCUUGCCUGCGACCACUGCUCGAGAUGCCAUUCAGUACUCCAUGGAUCUCUAUGCACAGUAUAUUUUGCAAAGCUUGAGGCAGUAAAAUGCCAGCAACUAUUUAUUGUGGUGUCUUCGAUUGUGUGUGAUUUUAAGUGGACGCUUGAAUUGUGUGCGACCAUUACAAUUGAAUGAUGUUACUAGCUGUGAUUUCCUUCUGCUUUUCCCGGGACUUGUAUAACUUUGUCAUUAAAUUAUGAAUAAGCGGAGUUCGUACGUUUACCUUGCUCACCCAAGCUAGGUAGCCA